UGAGACACCAUCAUCGUACACAGCAGUUGGCAAUUGAGGAGUAUAUAUAGAGAGCCGACAGACUUCUUAACUCAUAAGUGAUCUGAAAAAAAAUUCUUCUAAUGGUUUGAUCUAGUCUAUAGCUACAGUUCAAAAGUGAAAGACCCUCUCCAGAAAAAAAAAUGUUGAGAAAUUAUGUGAACCGAAGAUUAAUCGCCAAGCCUAAUAUAAGAUCAUCAUGUCUUUACUCUCUUUACCUUAAGAGAGGAAGUGCAAGUGGAUCAGGAAGGGAAGAAGGAAGAGAUCCUCUUUCCAUGGUGGAGGAGAUCGAGAGACAAGGUAUUGCUAGCCAGACGUCGGAGAAGGCUUAUGACGGAGCAGCGGAGGCGGUCAACGUGUCUAGUGAUUCUGGGGCGGAUAAGGAGAAAGUGAAAAAGGAGUUUGAAAAGAGGGAAGAGGGUAGAGACUAUCGCAAGAGGUGUGAUGAUGAUGGUUUGCCUAUCAACACGGCUAAAGGAGUAUGAUGAUGAAAGGUCAUAUAUGCACUUGUUAAUUAGUAUCAUCGUAUGAUGGAGAUGGUAACCUAUGUUUGUAUGUGAUAAUAUAGUCGUGUGCUCUUUUGGGUACAUCUCUCGAGUCAUGAGUAGAAUAAUCAUAGAACCAAUUGUGCGUGUUGUUGUUGUAUUAUCAGCUAGACAGCUACUAUGAAAUACUUCUAUCAUUAGUAGAUUAUAUUACUAAUCAAGCUCAACAUUUAGAAUUAAACUGAGCUUCACUGCUUUUUUACA